CUACGGGCCGGGUGAUUGAUUGCGUCGGGAAGGGAGGGGGGGGUGAGAACUUGGGUCGCAUGUUUCCAAUAAAUUAAGAGGAGCUCCGGAGACUUUUACGCACACAGGUGAGGAGCUGGAUGCGCGCGUCGGGAGGACAGGAGGACGAGCAGGAGGCCGCUUCGGACUGUAUAUUCAUGACGUUCACCAGUGCGCAGUGGAUAAUUACCAGAGAUCUGUAGAACCCAUAUGGUGGGAAGUCCGGCGCUCCAAAUGGACAGCGGCAAUUGCUCGGUGGUGGAUGUGGAUGACAGCCCGGCGUCCAGCCCCAGCCCCAGCUCCAGUCCGGACGGCCGCCGCCGCGCUGAGCUCCACCGGCCCAGGGCGCUCCAGAGCGGCGCGCUCGGCGGCAGAGGACGGCCGGCGGCGGCCAACGCGGCGCGGGAGCGGAGCCGGGUGCAGACGCUGAGGAACGCCUUCUUGGAGCUCCAGAGGACUUUACCGUCGGUGCCGCCGGACACCAAGCUGUCCAAACUCGACGUGUUGAUACUAGCCACCACCUACAUCGCCCAUUUGACUCGGACACUGCAGGAGGAAGGCGCAGAUGAAGGAGAGAGCACAAAACACACGGAGGCGUUACACUCCCUGAAAGGUGAAGGAUACCUGCACCCUGUGAAGAAAUGGCCAAUGCGGUCCAGAUUGUACGUCGGAGCAAGUGGACAGUUCCUGAACAAUCCUUCCGAUUCAGAGAACCAAGGCCCGUCCUCCUCCUCGCAAUAGACCCUAAAUGGGUUGUUGCCAUGUGACAUUUGCAUGAGCUCCAAACAGAAUAGGAAAAAAAAUUCUGACUGUCCCUUUCCACUGCAGCUCUAAGACUAUGUAAAUUAAUAUAUUACGUGAAUUUUA